ACACUUCCUGCCUAUGCUAUGGCUGGAUGAACACAGAUAUGAGGGGAUUUGAACUGUCUACAAUCAAUCCAUAUGUGACCAAUGGAGGAGAAGCAGCCCAAAAAGACGAAGGAACCCUCAAAAGAAGAUGAGCCUCAGCAGAAGGAGACGCCGACCCAUUUGUCCUUAGGAGCAGAGUCCAAGGCAGAGGCUAAAACUCCAGUUCUGGUUGAGACACAGACAGUGGACAAUGCCAAUGAGAAAUUAGAAAAACCCCCAGAAAACCAAAAGAAGCUCUCUGACAAAGAUAUGGUAGCCACCAAGAUCCAGGCCUGGUGGCGAGGCACCCUGGUGCGUCGGGCACUGUUGCACGCAGCCCUCAGUGCCUGCAUCAUUCAGUGCUGGUGGCGGCUGAUACUGUCCAAGAUUCUGAAGAAGAGGCGGCGGGCAGCGCUAGAGGCCUUCUCCCGGGAGGAGUGGGCAGCAGUCACACUGCAGUCCCAGGCCCGCAUGUGGCGCAUCCGCAGGCGCUAUUGCCAGGUGCUCAAUGCUGUUCGCAUUAUCCAGGCCUACUGGAGGUGCCGCUCCUGUGCUUCCCGGGGGUUCAUCAAGGGCCAGUACAGAGUCACAGCCAACCAGCUGCAUCUCCAGCUGGAGAUCUUGCUGGACUCAGGGCCUUGCAUUGUGACAGAGUGUAUUCCCUUCUCAAUAAAGGAAUGAAGUGGUCUUUUCCA